AUGGAGGUGCGCGACGAGUACUUCCAGCAGCGGCUAGAUGCGGCCCAUAGAAUCGGGUUAUCCCUGUUUACGAAGUGCAUGGUUGCGCUUCGACAGUUGGCCUACGGCACCACGGCGGACAUGUUCGACGAGUAUCUUCACGUUGAGGAUACAACUCGACGGGAGUGUUUGGCAAAGUUUUGUGAGGGCGUGGUUGACGCCUUCAGCAACACAUAUUUGCGCAAACCGAAUGCCGCUGAUUGCCAGUUCCCGAUGAAGAUGCACGGGAGGGUGCACGUCUUUCCUGGAAUGCUAGGGAGCAUAGAUUGUCCAAGAGUUGACGAUUGGUCCGACAACGAAGACGGACCGAGCGCAGGUCAUGCAACCCCGCCGGUCAUUCGAGGUUUACCGUAUGGAGUCAAUGAGAGAUUACAGGCAGAGGAAAACAUGCGCAACCGACAAGCCCAUCUUCAACUCAUGACCGACGUGGUUGAAGAAGUUUUGGCACAUAGUGGUCAUUGA